UCGGUAUUUUGUGUGUAGCUGUGGGUUUAAUGGGGAUUUGGUUAUUAAAAACACAUACCGAAGGAAAGAGAUUCAACGCCGCGGAAAAGACUGUCAUUGGGAUCUGUACCAAAAAACAAGACAUUCUGCAUGGUAUUUUAAAUCUUAACAUUACCAGCAGUGAGCGCGUCGUGGCGACUUGCCUCGGUCGCGAGACGUUGUCAUUGCCUGUUUUGCACCACGGGUUGGAAAAAUAUUCGGAGUUAGUUUGCCAUCUCGCCAAAAUGACAACUGAUUGAUUAGCCCGCCAGAACAUAAAUAAUACGACAUGGAAAUCCCUAACUAUGUAAUCUGUCAUCUUUCAGUGUGAUCGACAUGGCUAAACUAGCUAGCUGUUCCCUGGAAGUGUAUAGCUAACGAGCGGUUUUGUGUUUUGUUUAUUCAUCUUAGUCCCAUUUUCUUUAGGGAGAAGUGGUUUUGAAUUAUCAUCGGUAGUCGUUUGGUGCUGGAUCCACUCGCAAAUAGGGGUACCAGUACCGAGUUGAUGUGGAGGCUGUACGAAGUAAUUGAGGACGAUACAUACAAUUCAAGAAGAAACUUGCUGAAGAAACUGGUUUUGCGACUGUGGGGAAACUGCCUGUCUUCUGUGGAAUAUUUUUUGCAUUUGUCGAUGACUUUUGGCCUACGGCUGGGCAAUUUCGGGUGGUUCCCCAAUGACCUGCCACUCACCCGAAUCCACGGAGACCAUCGAAAACGAGAGAAGAACGGAUACCGAGUCACGAGUUUUAGAUUCCGACGAGACACGCAUCGCUCAGACCAUGAAAGACCUUAAAAAUACAGGCUGGUACUGGGGCAGCCUGACUGCCAACGAAGCCAAAGAGAUUCUCCAGGAUGCAUCGGAGGGCACCUUCCUGCUGCGAGACAGCUCCCAGAGGGACUACCUGUUCACCAUCUCUGCCAUGACCUCCGCCGGCCCAACCAACUUGCGCAUCGAGUACAAGGAGGGGAAGUUUAAACUGGACUCGGUGGUGCUGAUCAAGCCCAAGCUCAAACAGUUUGACAGUGUGGUGCACCUGGUGGAACACUACGUGCAGCUGUCCAGGACUACCAGUAAAAGGCCGUUGUCAGGGGCGUCGCAGUCCCUGGCCCCACCCAACGGGACAGUUCAGCUGCUCCUGACCAAGCCUGUGUACACUGCCACGCCCUCUCUACAGCACCUGUCCCGGAUCGCCAUCAACAACGCCACCAGGCAGGUGCAGGAGCUGCCUUUACCCAACAGGCUAAAGAACUACCUGACGGACUACAGCUACAAUGUAUAGUAGGACUACAAAUCCCAGAUGUGGUGUGGGAUAUAGAGCACUGCACCUGCCAUGUAGUGGCUGUCAGACUAUCACCCAGUCUGAAGUCUACCUUUAGCCCCAACCACUAGACAUGGCUUGAUGGCCCCCGUACUUCUGGAAGGAUUGAUGUUGCGCAAUAUGGUUAGAGCCAAGUCAGUCAACUAGUCCUCAGGAAGCUAGGUGGAAUUUCUCCCAUAUUACUACACCCUUCCAGUUCAUUUAGAGCUACAGUUGUUCAUCAAAAAGGGCUUAGAAGUUGGGAGCUAAGGGUUGAUUUCAGACCCGGGUCAUGUUCAUAAUCUCUGAAACUGCUACAAUUUUUUUUGUUCAAGUGGUGGUAUACCCUGCCUGCAGACCAGCUCAGGUAACAGUGUUUCAGACCCUUCUGAACGAGACCCAGGAGGGGUGGCAGUUAGCACACUUCUUUUUUUUUUCUCCUUCUUGUUUCAAAGCUUUGUUACUUUUCAUAAUCUUCCUCAUGUCUGUGACAUGAGCAUCUGACACGGUGUCCACUUUCAUUCUGAAUUAUGUUUUAGUUUGUUCAUAUUCUAUUUUUUUUGUACUGUAAUCAUAAGGUGCGGUGCUGGGGUGUCGCACUACAUGUAGGGGAACUAACUACUACAUUUUUCAGUGGCUUGGAGGUAGUUUCAAAUCUUGGUAGUAUUUUCAGUGGUUAAUUACUUUUUUUUUUUUUUUUCAUGUAGCUAACUACUGGAACUACACACAACCCCUUUUUUGUGUAAAAUUGGCCAGAAUUUCUCUUUUUGCAUCAGACCUACUUAACUAUCACUUGAAAGCGUUUUGGUGUUUAGGGCUGAAUAUUUGACUCCAGGGUGAUUUUUCACGUAGUAGUUUGGAUGUAGUGAACACAUUUUUCAAAAUCACUUUCGUUAAGUAAGCUAUAAGUGUAGCUUCUUCCAGUGCGACGUACUUGGUAAACUAUUUUCAGACUAGCUUCCCCAACACUGAGAAUUAUAAUAUUUUUUUUCUCACUCCGUUCAGAUUUUGGUUUUGAUAAAGCACAAGCAAUUUACAGGCUUCAAAUCUGACGUUGGUUUCUCUCACACUGUCUCACUCUGCCUCCUCCUGCUAAGAGGUUAAAAAUAAUUGCUUUUAGGAAGUGCUCAAACCUGGAUGUUGCUCCCACUACGCAUCAAGUAUUCUGUGAAACAUCUACUUCAUCACUGCAUUUUCAUUCAAUAGAAAAUGCCCUUGAGCAAGUCAAUGCUCACACCUCAGAACUAGACCUUGGUUAGACACCGGCUGUAUCUAAUGUCUAGCUAUUACGGCUGUGUUAAGGAAUUAGCUUUCCAAGCGCAUAUUGGAUGUUUGCCCAGGGGUUUUCAUUGGAUCAACGUGAAUCUUAUUUUAAUCAACAAUUUUGGAAGUAUUUAUUGAUUGUUCGACUGUGUUUCCUAUAAAAGUUACAAAUAAAUCCUGAAAGCAUGUUUUAUCAUAGCCUCUAUUCUGCAAUUUGGGAGGCAAUAAUGAAUGUGAUGCAGGGCUGUCAUGGC